GCCAGGCAAACCGUAUGCCGCAUCCCCCCCACCAAAAGCCAGUCCCAGAAUGGCGUGGUUUCUGCGUCCUUUGCCCAGCCUGUAAUUGGAAAUUCAGAGUGUCUGGCUGGCGGCCUAGGGAGUUUUGAGCGAUUUCAAGCACGCCCAAUAAUCGCGUAUUUCGUCAAUUAACAGUGUCCGAAAAAUCGAAUUAACGCACGGCGACGAAUAGUGCAACGCAAAGUGAAUUCUUGCAUUUCCGAAUAGGUGGUGCGUAGACGGAAAACAAAGGAGGCGAACAUCGAUUGACGUGUACUGUGUAGCUAGCUAGGCGCGCAGGCAUCGUUUUACCUACACUCAGUGGAAAAAAUACGAUACUCGGGUUCAACGAUGCACUUGUUAUUUCUGGUAUCUGUGGACAAUUAUGACAUCUGAGGUGCAGGAGGUUCGCGUCGAAUACGUUGAAAAUUGUGCACAGGAACCCUCCAAGCCGACCCCCUCCCCGCUCGCCCUCCUCGCGGCCACCUGCAGCCGCAUAGGCCCGACCUCGUCAGGCGGUGACGCCCCCUCCGCCCACCCCGCCCCCUUCAUGUCGACCACGCCCACGCCCGCCUCCUCCGCCCCGGGCAACGCCAAGGGCGUGACGGUGGCGACGGCGACGCAGCCGCAGGUGCUGCAAGUGCCCGUCGGGCUGCCGCAGCACCUGCAGCAACAGCUGUUGCAGCAGCAGGCGGGGGCGCAGCUGGUGAGCGCCGCGCAGGCGUACAACCUGAUGCAGCCGAUGCAGACGGUGACGGUGGACGGGCAAGAGGCGUUGUUCAUUCCGGCCAUGUCGAUUGCAGGAGCCCAACAACCCCAACAAAUCUUCAGUCCGGGCCAGAUCAUCCGGGCGCCGGCCGGCGUGUUGCCCGCCAACCUCCAGAACAUCCAGGGCCUCCAGAACAUCCAAGGCCUCCAGAACAUCCAAGGUCUGCAGAACAUCCAAGGUCUGCAGAACAUCCAGGGCCUGCAGAACAUCCAGGGCCUGCAGAACCUGUCCACCGUCCAGCUGGCCAACGGACAAAGCGUCGCGGUCAGGCCUUCCAUUCCACAGAUGGUGCAGUUUCCUAUGCAACAAACGAUACCGAUACAAGUUCCCAUAUCAACUGGAAACGGUCAGACGGUCUACCAAACCAUCCACUUUCCAGUCCAACUCGCCGCCACUGCCGUACCGAAUAUCAUCCAAGCACAACCCCAAUACGCCAAUAUUUUGACCCCAAACGGACAGAUACAGCAGUUGCAAAUAGCAACUAGUGUGGCCCAACAUACCCCAACCUCGGUGCCGCAACAAACCACUGCUCAAAUGGAAUCAUCUCCCCAAUUGACAUUUACUGGCGCCAAUGGGCAGCAAUUCACUGUGAUACCAGCUGCAAAUCUGCAGCAAGUAAGGAAUACUGUGGGAAAUUUAGGAAGUUUAGGAAAUUUAGGGAAUAUCAUCCAAGUGCCUAAUCUUCAAUCUAUACCCAACAUACAGAAUAUACCAGGCCUGGGCAACGUCCAGGUGAUCACGCAACAGCCCGCCGCGCCCCAACUCGCCGUCGGUCAGCACAUCCAGCAGGACCCGAACGACCCCAACUGUCAGGAGGGCGAGCGGCAUACCGACCGCAAGAAGCAGCACAUCUGCCACAUCCCCGGCUGCAACAAGGUGUACGGCAAGACGAGCCACUUGCGCGCGCAUCUGCGCUGGCACACCGGCGAGCGGCCGUUCGUGUGCACGUGGCUGUUCUGCGGCAAGCGCUUCACCAGGUCGGACGAGCUGCAGCGCCACCGCCGGACGCACACUGGGGAGAAGCGGUUCCAGUGCAGCGAGUGCAACAAGAAGUUCAUGCGCUCCGAUCAUCUGUCGAAGCAUCUGAAGACGCACCAGAAGCAGAGGAUAACGAGGCAGGACCUGACUGAUGAUCCAGACGAAGACGAAUCCUGGGACCAAGAUCAGCCCGAACCGGAAUCUGAAAAUCAACAGCAGAAUCAGCAGAGCGACAUGAAACCGGUGUGGAUAACGGAUAGUAAAAACAACAUCAAAUAUGCCAUCACUCACGUCAAUUAUUCCCAGGAAGCGGCAACUUCAACACAGUCAGCAUCCUCGGAUAGUUCGAGUAACGAAGAAAAAAUGAUGAUAACGAUAAGCACGUCUGAGCCCGACGAGCUCAUCAUUGCUGAUCCCAUGGACAGCUGAGCACCAAUGUACAUAUAUACCAGAGAUUGUUUAUUAACUUGAAAUUUUAUUGUUAAGUUUGACUAUUUAUUGCAAGUGAAACAGUUGUAAUAAGCGCCCUUUGUACAAAUUAUAAUGAAAAGAAAUAUAUAUUUUUUUAGUAAAAGGCGA